AUGAAGAACGACCGGAUUCGGUCCGUUGAGACACGCUCGCCACAGUGGGCCCUUACGAGUAGUACUACGAGUAUACAAUUCGACCGCAUUCGAGCACACACUGCGCCAAUGCGGCGACGUUUGCAAGUCGACGUGGCGGUGGGGUCGACCGAUCCUUCCGUGCCGUCGUCACCUACCGCACCGUCCCCCACGACGACUCCUCGUCGUCGCUCUCCGUAUCAAAGUUUUCCUCUCCCCGCGUAUUUACCCUUGUGUCCCGGUGGUGUCGCCUAUCCUGCCGUGGGGACCGGCACAGACCCUCGCGACUGGCACGUUCUCGGGUCCCCCGUCGGUACCAGCAGUAGCACCAGUACUAGUAGUACUAGUCCCAGUGGCAACCAAAGUCCGUCUCCUGCCGUUCCCAUCAGUACUACCAAUACCAGCGCCAGUACUAGCACGACGAGUCCGAAUGCUGCGACGGCGAUCCUCCCCCGGGCUACACUACAACAACUCGCCGCACGUGCCAAGACCAACGACGAUCAACUCCGACAGUACGCCUUGUUGUACGCGUCGCACGAGGCCAACACGGCAAGCUCCCUGUCCAACACUGCAACAACAACAACGACACACGUCUUGCCCAGCCUCGCGAUACUCACCGAAGCCGUCCUGGGGCGCCUGACGGGGGUCGCACCCUCUCACGUCAAAACGGCGGUAGAUAUACUCCUCGGCCCCUUUUUUCAAGAUCCCAACGAUCCCCCGUGCCCGCAAUCCGCCGACGACGUUGGGAACUGCAAACCUUCGGCCGUUGCUACCGACAGCCGUAUCGGUACCGGUAUUGGUACCAGUGACGGCAGCAGCCGUACCCGUACAACCAGCUCUAGUACUACCCACCACCACCACAGCAACAAUCACCACCACAACCACAGUACCAUCACCACGGCGCAACGAUUGCAAACGCUCUUGGACCAGGCCGAACGCGAGCACCAACAACAGCUCCACCAGGACAAAGAACCCUCACCCACCACUACUCGGCGAACCCGGCCCUGUGGAUACGUCUUUCAGCGAGGAGAUAUUGCCUGGAACUGUAGAACCUGCCAGACCGACCCCACCUGCGUCAUCUGUGACGCGUGCUUCCGGGACAGCAACCACGAAGGUCACGAGGUGUACUUCCACCGUACCACACCGGGAGGGUGUUGCGAUUGUGGGGACACCGAAGCCUGGAACAUUGCCGGUUGUUGCGAACGACACCGUCCUCCACCAGCGCUACUUUCCGACGACGCCCCGCAUCACCCGGACGAUCCUUUUGAAGCCGUCCGCGCCAGCCGCCGCGGAUACACACUGGCCCACGAAACCCUCACCCUCGAACCCACCGCUUUGCCGCCGCGUCUUACUGCCGCGUUGGCCGUCGUGGUCGGAGCCGCCGUACACGCCCUACUCGAUGCCGUCAACGGCGCCGGGAUUGGCGCCGAUCCCGUACAGUGGAAACGACAAUGGGCCGAUGAGGCGGCCAAAAUUGCCAACGGUGUCGUGCACCCCGAAGAUUACGCCCUGGUCCAACCCAAAGACCGUCAGGGCAAUGACGACGACGCGGCGGCGGAGGCCCCUGCCACCACUACUGCAUUUCCCCACGGCUUUCAUUUGCAACUACGACUCCACAAUGACGACGUGCACACGUUCGAUGAAGUCAUUGAGGCUCUACACAAACCCCGGUCACUGCGACGCCACUCCGAAGACCGACAAUCUCUCGUGGCCCUCCGUGAUCACGCUACGGAAAUGACGCACCACGUCGACGCUGACGGACAAGUCACGGUCAAAACAUUUACUUCCUUUCCGGCCGCCCUCCAGGGAUAUCAAAGUCUCAAACGACGGGGCCUGCACUGCGCCGUGGUUAGUUCCGUGCAAGUCCAAGCCGAACACCGUGCCCGUGCCUUGGCGUCGUGGCUGUCCGAAAUUUCUGCCGCCCAUCCCGCCGCGGCCGCCCUGGUCGUCCACGCCUUGGUACAAGUAGGCGAAGGCGAUGAAACCCUGGCGGACUUUAGUGUGUGGCCCCGAGCGCGUUCGAUUCCACCCUGGGCCGCCACGGACGCGUCCUCGGAGGAACAGGCCUGUCUGCGGCGCUUCGCCGCCUUUCCACCCCAUUUACCUUCGAGUUACGUCACCCGCGAACAAGCCGAACUCCUCCACGGCAUUGCCCUGACCGUGCAAGUGGCGGAUUUUGUUCACGUCACGGGCGCAGAUCCGCAUUUUUACGGACGCGUGCCUUACCGACUGUGUGCCGAUCGGUACAAGAAAUCUCCCCACGCCCUGUGGGGGACCCUCCCGCAGUGCUACGUCGACCCUACACCACCACACGCCAAACACCCCCUCCUGCAGCGAUUGGCGACCGUGACUACUGACGGUACGGAGAAUACAACGAAUCGCGCGGACUGCUGGAAGGAUGUGCCGAAUGCGUUGACGGAAACGGUGUACGUGGUCGAUACCGAUUUGCGGAAACAGCAAGAGGCGGACCGGAUCACGUCGACGGUCUUUCCACAUCGCUUGCCUGGCUUGCAACUGGUCAGUGGUGUUGGCACGAUUCGUCUGGAUCAUCUCGACGCACGUCGACCCCCGUUGCCCAGUCCAAUGGAUUGGCGGCAUCUUUUGGCUACGUCAUCUUUUCGGGCCCCCGCGUCGACAAUUCUCUGGUUGCUCUUGCUCGAUCCCUAUCCGACGAAACAAGUUCGCGGUGCCAUUCACGCGCUUAUACUGUCGCUGCUCACGGACGCCCGCUUCAAAUCACGGGUUGCUGGCGCUCUUGGUGUCGCGUACCGACCGUUGAGUACUCUGUUUUGCGCCGGCGUCGGGACGGAGGCGGACUCGCCUCUGCAUUUUACGGUGCAAAUUUUUACGGCAGGCAGUUUGGUGCGGGCUCUAGGGAGCGGACCCGCGACUGAGGCCUUGCUGAUUUCCGACGACCCGAAUCGGGCAGGGCACAGCGAGGCAUCGAUUGGUGUUUUCACAUCACCCAUCGCGCACACGAUCGUCCGAUGCAUCCACACGAACUUGCUGGGUGCCACGAAAGAGGUCAAUAUGAUUUUGAACCACACGACUUCCGGGACGGAUGAUGCGGAAGAAGAUCCCGUCUUCCAGCCGUCGAACGAUAGUUUGUUGCCGGCCUUGACGUACGUGGCGGGAGAACAUCCGCUCAUGACACCCUUACCAGCGGCCCCGGACGACGGCUUUUUGGAUUCCCGGUCGACCCGUCACAAGCGGCUGCCGCAUAUGCUGCGCGAUUUAGAAUACGUCAUUGAGACACCUGGUACCGCAAUCCGACUUCUCCUACCACGGCGUUUCCCGGUAUACCAAGGGCCACCUUUGUCCAUGCGAGGAGAAGACGUCUUGGCAUUUCCCGUCGUCUUUUCCCGCAUGCUGCGGCUGGCUCAAGGAAUGGAUCCACAAAAGCGUAAGAUUUCGGGAGGGCAUGUCGAGUACGAACACAUACGAUGGCUGGAAGCGUUUGGGUUGAGUCUUAACUUUGCCGGCGCGCGCGACGCCUUGUCGGAAAGCCCGCCGCGAAGCAGCAGCGUCGCACUUGGUGCAGAUUAUAUGGAAAAUGUUAUGGGCGUGCGUGAAGCUCUCGGGAACAUUGGUGCAUCCUUGCUACGUGAAAUAAAGCUUUGGCUGUAUCGCGAAGGUAUGCUCGAGACAGGUCUUCCGCUACCACCCGGGGGCGCCCACGGAGCGACGGAUAUGGCCCAGGUGGAGUCACUACAGCGGAGCACUCUACACGUAUCGGGAUCGCAGAGCACGUCCAAUGAUGCUUUAUCCAAUAGCAAUGCCGGUGCUGUUGCUCUGGCUUGUGCCACGGGCGUGAAAAUGACAGAGGCCCAAUUAAGUCUCAUUGAGAACGUGUUGAAGGCCGAAGCGGUGGAGCGCUUCCACUCCAAACAGGGACAAGUGUUGACGCCCAAGUCUAUGGGUCCAGUGAUGGGCGACUGGCUGCGCGUUCCGCAUUCACCACUCGCGGGAGAUUCUCUUUCGUUUCACAUUCCCUUGCAUCGAGCUUUGGCGGAAAGCAUUCGAUGCGUGUGCGCCCUUUCUGUUUCCGAGGCAUCGAGAAAAUCGGAACCAUCCGGAUGGUGGAAGCUUCCAUGUGUCCUCUGA